GCGAUCCCCCGUGUAAGAGUGAGGUGGAGGAGGACAUUCCAGUCCAUGUGACCACAGGAAAUCCCAAUAAGAAUUCUGAAGGAAACGUCAUGUUAUCACUAGAUCAUAAAGAAGAAGAUCAGGACAACAUGCAGCAUUCUUCAGGAGAAAACCUCAAUACACUGAUCUGUUAUCCAGGACCUCACAGUGCAGAUCUAUCAUAUAAUCCUCCUAAUCAUGAGGAACCUUCUCCUGACCAACCUCAGAUUGUAACAACAAGUCCAGAUCUGUCACAUAAUCCUCCUAAUCAUGAGGAACUUUCUCCUGACCAAUCUCAGAUUGUAACAACAAGUCCAGAUCUGUCACAUAAUCCUCCUAAUCAUGAGGAACUUUCUCCUGACCAAUCUCAGAUUGUAACCACAAGUCCAGAUCUGUCACAUAAUCCUCCUAAUCAUGAGGAACCUUCUCCUGACCAAGCUCAGAUUAUAACCACAAGUAGUGGGCAGAAAGGAAGUAAAAGGUUUCAUUGUGAAGAAUGUGGAAAACUGUUUACAAGAAGGUCAGUUCUUUCUGUGCACAGAAGAAUUCACACAGGAGAGAAGCCAUAUUCAUGUUCAGAAUGUGAGAAAUGUUUCACAGACAAAUCAGGUCUCAUUAAACAUCAGAGAAUCCACACAGGAGAGGAGCCAUAUUCAUGUUCAGAGUGUGGGAAAUGUUUUGCACGAAAAUCAAGUCUCCUUAUCCAUCAGACAAUUCACACAGGGCUAAAGCCAUACUCGUGCUCCGAAUGUGAGAAAUCUUUUACAGAAAAAUCUAAUCUCCUUAUACAUCAGAGAAUUCACACGGGGCUAAAGCCAUACUCAUGCUCCGAAUGUGAGAAAUAUUUUACCCAGAAAUCAAAUCUUAUUAUACAUAAGAGACUUCACACAGGAGAGAAGCCAUAUUCAUGUUCAGAGUGUGGAAAAUAUUUUGGUUUGAAGUCAAAUCUUAAAAUACACCAGAGAAUUCACACAGGAGAGAAGCCGUAUUCAUGUUCAGAAUGUGGCAAAUGUUUUAUAGAAAAAGCUAAACUUCUUUGUCAUCAGAAAAUACACACAACAGAGAAGCCUCACACAGGGGUGAAGCCAUAUUUGUGUUCUGAAUGUGGGAAAUCCUUUAUAUAUCAGUCACAUCUUGUUAGACAUCUGAGAUGCCACACAGGAGUAAAGCCAUAUUCAUGUUCAGAAUGUGGGAAAUCUUUUACAAAUAGAUCAGAUCUUGUUACACAUGAGAGAAUUCACACGGGAGAAAAGCCGUAUACAUGUUCAGAAUGUGAGAAAUGCUUUACAAAUAAAUCAGAUCUUGUUUCACAUCAGAGAGGUCACACGGGAGAGAAGCCAUAUUCAUGUUCAGAAUGUGGAAAACGCUUUAGAAGCAAAUCCUCUCUUAUUAUACAUCAAAGAAUUCACACAGGAGAGAAGCCAUAUUCAUGUUCAGAAUGUGGAAAAUGCUUUAGAAUUAAAUCAGCUCUUACUAUACAUGAGAGAAGUCACACAGGAGAGAAGCCAUAUUCAUGUUCAGAAUGUGGUAAAUGCUUUACAGUUAAAACGAAUCUUGCCACACAUCAGAGAAUGCACACAGGAGAGAAGUCAUUAUGAUGUUCUAUAUAGGGAAAAUCAGUUUUUGAAACUAAUCAGAAAAUUUAAACUGAGAAGGAACCAAUUUUGUUUUUGGAUUGUGAGAAAUGCUGUGAGAAGUUCUUACUGGUGUAUCAUUUUAAUAAAAAUUUCCAUGAUGGCACCUAACCACGAGAUGAUCAUCAGAUAGUGAUAGGUAGUUUAAAAGAGACUUUACUCCAAUGCCUUUUCAGUGUCUUCCUGAACCUUACAGGACCACUUACCUUAUACUUUAUUUUACAUAGUUUCUACCAUUUGAAAGUUUUUUUUGUGGGGUAGAGAUCAAGAAUAAGCAGGUGCUGUUUCAUGAAAAAAUAAAUUACUGGAAAGUAUCAUUUUUUUAUUUUUCAAUCUACACAACUACAACUGACCAUAAGAUCUACCAGAUCAAGCACUGUCCUCAUCAGGCAACAGCUCGAGACCUUCCUAUUUUUAUUUAGAAGUAAUGUUUUAGAAAAGCUUAAGUUUUUGGUUUUAUAGGCCUAGCUUCUUCCCAUGUAAUAGAUUUGAUUAAUGAUUUCUUUGCUCCUUGAAAUCACAGGAAAUUACAGAUUAUUCCAAGUCUUGGAGGAGACUAGAUACUGGAAUGUGAUAGGAAGAUUACACCGCCACUUGUUAUGCUUCGGUAUUUAUGAAUACCCAUAUGGUUGGUCAAUUUGCCCUUCCUCAGUAAUAUGAGUCUAUGAAAUCAUAUAAAUUAAUAAGUUGAUAGCCAUAGUGAAUGUGUACAUUGCACGCAAGAUUCACUCCUGUAUACACACGCGCCAGCAAUCAGGUCGGCAUGUAUGUGCAAAAGAACCAUUACUGCACACAUACACACACAGUGAAUUAGUAUACAUAUGCAGUGGAGGUCCAAAUAUAUUACAGCAACCUAACAUAUACUAUCUAGAUGGAUGAAGUAAUCGUAUGAGAAGUGUAUGGAGGAAUCCCCGUAUUCUAUGAAAUGUCUCCCCAUUGUUAGGACACCAUCGUGUGUCUGCUCUAUGGAAGAUGGCUAUUAUGGGCUGACGUGUCCGUGCCAUGAACAAACCGAUAACAUGUCCACCACAUCUUUGACUCCAAUCCUAAAAGGGAAAAUGAAUCACCUGGGAAAUUGCCUUUGGUGAGCAGGAUUCCUCUAUGGAGAUCAGGCUGCAGUCCUAUAUGUGGGACGUGGCUUAUCUAGAGCUCAUAUCAUAGCACCCAGAGACACCAACCACACAACUGUAGGGUAUACCACCACCGCACUGUAGGCGCUGUUAUCCUAAAUUGGGAUCAAUAUAGAAUGAAGCAACCCUAGGUAAAUG